GUUUCCCGCCGCUGUCGCCCGUGAUAUGACGAUUUUGACUUGUUCGAUUUAACAUCUGCUUUAAAUUACAAUCGCCGUUGACUCGCAUCUAACGGAGUAAUUUAAACCCAAUUACCCCAAUUCUUACUCAGCAUCCAACUGAUUCCUCCCGUGCCCCCUCACACUUCAGCUGUUUAUAUAUCUUCCCUUAUAGCUACCGAAACACACACGUCUAGAGGGCUGGAAGGACUCUGCUUUAGUCUUCAGACACUCAAUUCUUAGAUAAUCUAGUUCCAACCUUUCUCUCUACCUAUUUCCAACAUGGACGCCCCAAUUGUCGACGGCAAGUUCCGGACAGAUAACACCAGGCCAUCCUCCUCCAAUCGGGGGAUCAUGUCUCUCUUCUCACUAAAGGGGAAAACAGCUAUCGUCACCGGUGCUGGCGCAGGAAUCGGUCUGGCUGUUGCACACGCUUUGGCCGAAGCGGGUGCCAAUGUUGCCAUCUGGUACAAUAGCAACAAGGCUGCUCUCGACAGGGCGGCGGAGGUCCAGAAGAAGUAUGGUGUUCAAUGUAGAGCAUAUCAAGUCAACGUCACAGACCCACAAGCAGUCUCUGACGCCGUAAAUAACAUCGUCAAGGAAUUCAACGGGCGCCUCGAUGUCUUCAUUGCCAACUCCGGCGUCGCCUGGACUCAAGGCCCCAUGGUAGAUGCCGAACUGGAUCAUUACCGCCAGGUCAUCGCGACAAACAUCGACGGCGUUUUCUACUGUGCCCGCGCUGCUGCCCACCAUUGGAGACGCCAGAAAGAAGAGGGGACCGAUAUCAACGGCAAGAAGCUGGAAAAUUUCUCCUAUGGAAGCUUCAUCGCCACAGCAUCGAUGAGUGCGCACAUUGUCAAUUACCCGCAGCUACAAGCGGCGUAUAAUGCAUCCAAGGUCGCUGUGAUACAUAUGUGCAAAUCUUUCGCCGUCGAGUGGGUGCGCUUCGCACGUGCUAACUCCGUCUCGCCCGGGUAUAUCGCCACGGAGCUCUCCAACUUCGUCCCCGAGGCGACCAAGGAUAUCUGGCGAGGAAAGAUCCCCAUGGGCCGUGAGGGAGAGCCCCACGAGCUUACUGGCGCAUACCUGUACCUUGCCUCCGAUGCUUCUAGUUACACAACCGGAGCCGAUAUUAUUGUUGAUGGAGGAUAUGUCUUGCCAUGAUCACGUUUUCUGGUACCUUUUGCUUUGCUGUUACGCAUUUUACCUAAUCUGAAAAAUGAUACUACUUUUCAACAUUAUUUCAAACUGGGAACCGAAUGUCUCGUUUUGAGCAUGAUGCAAAUAAGGGUUAGCAUAGAUGGGUGGCUAUUAUACAUCAAUGCGGAUUAACUCCACGAGGAAAGAGAAGCCCUUCCUUCACUCUCCCUCCUUUCUUCUUUUUUCCCCCAAUGGACUAAAAUAGAUUAUCACUCUCUUUCCUCCUUUACUUCACAAGAAGACAAUCAUGAGAAUAAGAAUAGGGAGAUUAAAAAGCGCUAGAGUUAUCCUAUUUACGGAGCGAAGCGAAGUAAUAUGUUAGGUGCUUGCAAAACCUGAUUAGAAUAGAAGGUGAGAUCUUGCAGGCCCCAUUCUGUGAUAUGAUUGGUUGAAAAAAUGCACACCCCAUGUGACUCCUCAUUAGACUGGCCGUUUAACUGUGACUGGGACCAGGAUCAAACUUUACAGUUAUCAUGUUGUUUAAAGACAUUACUUCUAAUCACAGUUUAUAUUCAUUACAUUGAUCUUAAAUCACUUUAUUUCAAAUAUUGAAAAUCUCAGAUUUACUUUUCAAAUAAAA